UCCCUCUUCCUUCUCUUUACGUGAAUCAGCUGGUUUGAGCGUCCCUAGAAGCCGGCGGGGGAUCUUGGCGGGUAAAGGCGAGGGCGCGCGCACACACCUCAUGUGAGUCUGUUGUGGAUGGACGUCAGCUGCUGAGUUUGCAUUUCACUUUCAAUGGUCUUCAAAACUGUCUCAUUACUAUCUCAAAAAGGAAUGAUUUGGUGAUGGACUCUUCUCCCUGACAGAUGGACUCGCAAGAAGAAAGCUCGGCAGACCAAGAAGGAGGAGGAGAGCGGGGUCAAAUUUAUAUGUGGCAGGCUGGCUGCAGUUGUCCAGCCCCAGAAAGACUGCCAGGCUGGAGUGGAAAGACAGUAUUGCAAGCAGCACUUGGAGUAAACCAUGGCGUGCUUCUGUCAGAUGAUGGUCAAGUUUACAGUUUUGGAAAAAAGCCCUGGAGGGUUGGGCUAGGAGAUGCCAAUAGUAAUUGUCCUAUACUUGAAAAGAGUUUGAGUGGACAGCAUGUAAUUACAGUAGCCGCUGGCAGCUUCCAUAGUGGCGCAGUGACUGAAGGCGGCGUGGUGUACAUGUGGGGAGAAAAUUCAUCUGGACAGUGUGCUGUGACCAACCAGGCCAUGGUGCCAGAACCAGUACCCAUCAGUAUUUCUGAUUCUGAAGCUAGCCCCUUCUUGCCAACAAGAAUUUUGCAACUGGCAUGUGGAGAGGAGCAUACCCUGGCCCUAUCACUGAGUAGGGAAAUAUGGGCAUGGGGAAGUGGCUGCCAGCUUGGACUUAUCACCAAUACUUUUCCAGUAACCAAGCCCCAAAAGGUUGAGUACCUGGCAGGGCGUGUUGUGCUUCAGGUCGCUUGUGGGACCUCUCAUAGCCUGGCUCUUGUCCAGUGCCUCCCAACCCAGGACGUAAAACCCAUCCCAGAGCGAUGCAAUCAUUGCAGCCAGCUCCUAAUUACCAUGACCGACAAAGAAGACCAUGUCAUCAUCUCAGAUAGUCACUGCUGCCCUUUGGGGGUGAUUCUGGCUGAUUCCCAGUCAGAAAGCCACAUCUCUUGCUCCUCCCUAGACAUUCUGGAGGGGAAGAGUGCAGCAAGCAGCCAGAGUGAGGAUUGUCAGAAAACCCUUAAGGAAGAUGAGGCACUUGCUGUUGCAGACUAUGAUGCAACAAGUAUUUUUUCAAAAAACAGUGAACAGGAAGGAAAUGGCAUUUCAAGUCCUGGAAAUCUCAUGGCAACUGACAAACCAGCAGUGAAGCAGAACUUGGAAAGCAUUCCAGAUCAUUCAUUGGAUAGGAGUGAGGAGAAGCAAAACAACCCACUACCUGAACAGCAACCAUCAGAAGAGGAUCUCAUUGCUUGCCUAUCUGGCCCUCCUGGACCAGGCACAUCUGCCCUCAACAGCCUGGUAGUCUCUUGUGCAUCUGCUGUUGGUGUAAGAGUAGCUGCUACUUAUGAAGCUGGGGCUUUGUCUCUGAAGAAGGUGAUGAACUUCUAUGGCACGGCUCCCAGUGACACAGUAUCCUCAUCCAGUGGUGGAUCUCCAGGCCAGGACGGCUUGAAGGACAGCCGAGAGGAGCAGGUCAGAUUGGAGUCUAUGCAAGGGAAAAAGAGUUCAAGCUUGGUAGAUAUUCGAGAGGAGGAAUCUGAAGGUGUCUCUCGGAGACUUUCCUUACCUGGUUUGCUGUCCCAAGUUUCUCCGAGGCUGUUGAGGAAAGUAGGGAGAGCCAAAAUGAGGACGGUGGCGCUCACUCCAACUUACAGUGGCGAAGCUGAUGCGCUUUUGCCAUCUCUGCGAACGGAGGUGUGGAGCUGGGGGAAAGGAAAAGAAGGACAGCUGGGACAUGGGGAUGUUUUGCCAAGGCUCCAACCACUCUGUGUGAAAAGUCUUGAUGGAAAGGAAGUAAUUCAUUUGUCUGCUGGUGGCCGUCAUUCUUUGGCGCUCACUGCCAAAUCACAGGUAUACUCGUGGGGCAGUAAUACUUUUGGACAGCUUAGUCACUCAAGUUCUCCGACCACAGUCCCUCGUCUUGCAAAGGUAUGCAGUGACCACAGCAUCUGGAAUAUAGCAGCAGGUCCUGAUUAUUCACUAUUCCUGGUAGACAGGGAAGAUUUUCAGCCUGCAUUAUAUUACAGUGGUCAGGAGGAAAAGGGAGAGGGUGAUGUUUCAUCUGAAGGUAGUGGACUCAAGAAUCCAGUACUGCUGCAAAACUGUAGCAAGCUAGGGUAUAUUAGCAACGUGACAGCAGGUGGCAGUAACUGUUUGGCUUUGGUGGACAAAAACAUUAUGGGAUACAUUGCUAGCUUGCAUGAGUUGGCUUCAACAGAGAGACAGUUUUACUCCAAACUAAGUGCUAUAAAGUCUCAAGUUCUCCGACCCCUCUUGGGAUUAGAUAAUUUAGGUGCUGCUUCAACCAUCAAGCUCUUGCAAGAAAUGGCAAGUACGUUCAGCAAGCUGUGCUACCUAAUAGGUCAGCAUGGCGCCUCUUUGACUGCCUUUCUGAAAGGGUUAAAAGAGGCAAAGAACUUGGCCGUCCUGAAGCAUUCAAGUCUCUUUUUGGAAAGUUACACUGAGUAUUGCACUUCCUUGACCAAUUUUCUGGUAAUGGGAGGAUUUUCACUUCUUGCCAAACCAGCAAUGGAUUUCUUAAGUAAAAACCAGGCAUGGCUUCAGGAUCUUUCAGAGACAGCCGAGGAAGCUCAGCCAUUAGUGGAAGUUCUCAAUGCUCUGUUUUUCUUGCCACUCAGGCGACUUCAUACUUAUGCUAGAGUUUUGUUAAAGCUUGCUACAUGUUUUGUUGUGACGUCUCCUGAAUACCAGAGUCUUCAGGACUCCAGCUCUUGUUAUGAAACCUUGGCAGUCCACCUGAGCAGAAGAAGAAAAGAAGCUGAAUACACACAGGGCUUCUGGAAGACCUUUCCCGGGAAAAUGACAGAUUCUCUGAGGAAACCUGAACGACGACUAAUCUGUGAAAGCAGUAAUCGGGGAUUGUCCCUGCAGCAUGCUGGGAGAUUCUCAGUAAACUGGUUCAUCCUCUUUAAUGAUGCAUUGGUCCAUGCGCAGUUUUCAACACAUCAUGUUUUCUCCUUGUCCACACUCUGGGUCGAACCUGUUUCAGAAGAGUCUGGAAAUACGAAUGGUUUGAGAAUCACUACACCUGAAGAACAGUUCAUUCUUGUUUCAUCAACACCACAGGAAAAGACUAAGUGGUUGCGAUCCAUAAGCCAAGCUGUGGAUCAAGCCUUAAAGGGGACGUCUGACUUGCCUCCUUAUGGGGGUAGUGGAAACAUUCAGAGGCAAGAGCCCCCCAUCUCACGGACUGCCAAGUACACCUUUUACAAGGACCCUCGGCUUAAGGAUGCCAUUUAUGAUGGACGAUGGCUUUCUGGCAAACCACAUGGCAGAGGGGUCUUAAAAUGGCCAGAUGGAAGAAUGUAUUCUGGCAUGUUCAGAAAUGGCCUGGAAGAUGGACAUGGUGAAUAUACAGUACCAAACAAAAUACUGAAAAAGAGUGACCACUAUGUUGGAUACUGGAAGGAAGGCAAAAUGUGUGGACAGGGCAUCUACAGCUAUGGUACAGGCGAAGUAUAUGAAGGCAGCUUUCAGGAUAACAUGCGUCACGGCCACGGUCUCCUGCGCAGUGGGAAACUGACUUCCUCCUCUCCCAGUAUGUUUAUUGGCCAGUGGGUGAUGGAUAAGAAGACUGGAUAUGGUGUAUUUGAUGAUAUCACAAGGGGAGAAAAAUACAUGGGGAUGUGGCAAGAGGACCUGUGCCAAGGCAAUGGGGUUGUGGUUACACAGUUUGGACUGUAUUACGAGGGAGCCUUUAACAGCAAUAAAAUGAUGGGGGUUGGCGUCUUGCUUUCUGAAGAUGACACUGUGUACGAAGGAGAGUUCUCAGAUAAUUGGACCCUGAAUGGGAAGGGAACAUUGACAUUGCCAAAUGGAGACACUGUUGAAGGUAGUUUUAGCGGUGAAUGGGGAUCUGGGAUAAAGGUUGCUGGAACUUACAUCAAGCCAAGUCUAUACGAUCACGAGAAGGACCAACCCAAAACUCUGAGGAAGCUUGGAAACCUUGCUGUUCCUGCUGAUGAAAAGUGGAAGGCUGUGUUUGAAGAAUGCUGGCACCGGCUAGGCUGUGAACAACCAGGCCAAGGGGACAGGUGGAAAGCUUGGGAUAACAUUGCUGUUGCCCUGACAACCAAUCGGCGUCAACACAAAGGCAGUCCAGAACUGUUGAGCAGAUCGCAUGCACAAACCUUGGAAAGCUUGGAGUUCAUUCCGCAACACGUUGGUGCCUUCACAUUGGAAAAAUAUGACAGCAUUAAGAAAUAUCUCAUAAAGGCAUGUGAUACUCCACUGCAUCCUUUGGGAAAACUUGUUGAGACUUUAGUAGCUGUAUACCGGAUGACGUACGUAGGAGUGGGAGCCAAUCGGCGAUUGUUGCAGGAAGCAGUCAGAGAAAUCAAAUCUUAUCUCAAACGCAUCUUCCAGUUGGUCAAGUUCUUAUUCCCUGAUCUUCCUGAAGAGGGCAGUACAAUUCCACUUUUGGUAACCAAAACCAAAGGAAGGAGAUCUUUCUGUAGUGGAAGAAAUGACACAAGAUCUGAGUCUCCAGAACCAGGUUACGUGGUCACAAGCUCUGGGUUGCUACUUCCGGUGUUGCUGCCACGACUCUACCCUCCUCUGUUUAUGCUGUAUGCCUUGGACAACGAACGAGAAGAAGACGUUUACUGGGAGUGCGUUCUGCGCCUGAAUAAACAACCGGACACUGCACUUAUGAGCUUUUUGGGAGUACAACAGAAAUUUUGGCCAACAACUACAUCUAUCCUGGGAGAAAACAAAAAGGUACUUCCAAAUACAAAAGAUGCCUGCUUUGCUUCAGCUGUGGAAUGCUUACAACAGAUCAGUACAACAUUCACACCUGCUGACAAACUGAAGGUGAUCCAGCAGACCUUUGAAGAGAUCUCCCAGAAUGUACUUGAAAAUCUUCAUGAAGAUUUCCUUUGGUCCAUGGAUGACCUAUUUCCUGUCUUUCUAUAUGUGGUGCUUCGAGCCAGAAUAAGGAACUUGGGAUCUGAAGUGCACUUGAUUGAGGAUCUGAUGGAUCCUUUUUUGCAGCAUGGAGAGCAAGGCAUUAUGUUUACUACCCUGAAGGCAUGUUAUUACCAAAUUCAACAUGAAAAACUGAGCUAAACCAUUUGCCUGAAUAUGGAGGAAUAUUUUGAACGGAGUUUUUCUCCUUCUCAGCAGUUGCCUAAAAUGAAGAAAAAAAUAAUCAUGGUGUGGUUGUCAUUCCUCAACCACUCUGAAAGACAGGAAAAGCAAAGCCCUGAGAUAAUCAGAAAAAAACAGAGGCCGCAGAAGGUACUUCGCUGGACAGCUGGCAAGGAAGAAUUCUGUUCAGAGUCCCACCCACAUUGAAUUCAUUCAAAGAAGCAUCAUCCUUUUAAGUUGAACAGGCUGUCAGCUUCAUGUUUCAUGAAGGAUGGAGAUGAACUCAGAAACACAUUGUGGCUUUCUAAAUCUGACUAAAUCACCAGGAAAAAGUUGACAUGAGUAAUCUGUGGCACCUCUUGCUCGAAAGGGUUUGAGUGAUCCUUUCUGUAAAUACGGAUUCAACAGGAGCCACAAAUGUUGAUGUAGAAACCAUCUGAACGGUUAAGUGAGAAUUUACUAAUGGGGAGUGGUGAGAAUAGAGGAGUUGACAACUGUUUUUUUCUGGUUUGGCUUAUGCUUUAACAUCAAGGAACACUGGUCAUUGUGAACCUCAGCACUGAAUUUGAUAGUUAAUGUUUACAAGAACUCACAAUUUUCCAGUUUCUGAGCCUUGGUAAUGCAAGACUCGAGAUGAACAAAAUAUACAAUAAAUGGGACAGUUUUCUUGUGCAAAUAAAUCCCAGGUUAGAGAAGGGUACAAAUACGAUCUGAGUACACAUGGGUUUGCUCAAGAUUGCAAUAUAGGUUUAGUGUGCUAAGCCACUGUACCUGGUUGCCUAAAGGAAUUUUUUAAAUGCUAUUUUUGUUGAACUACUGUUUAAAACACACACACGAACAAACAAACCAUUCACAUCAUUGUUCUUGUGACUUUCUCCUUGACUUAUAUAAAUAAUGUUAGCUGAUGUCUUGGAUGAAACUGGUGCUGUUCUUUACCAUGUUGUCAUCGAUGAGUGGCAGAUGUAAAAAUUAACUUGUGUUAGUACAACCCAUGCAAAUAAUUUGUGGAAAUUUGAAUCAUGGCUUGUGUGUAGCUCCUUUAUUUAAAAAAAAAAAAGGGUGGGAGCGGUUACUUUAAAUUAAGCUGUUUUCAUAAUAAAGAGUAUUAUUAC